AUGGGGAUCACGUCAUCGACGGAGAAUCCAAAGUUCAAUCUUCGAAACGACACAGAGGCAAUGAAAGCGUUGAUGAAAGGAGGUAAAUGCUACGAUUUGUUAAUGGAAUCUAACGCUUGCGAGGACGAAGCGGAGAAGAAGAAUGAAGAUAGCGUCACCAAGUGUGAGCAUGUCAACAAGAUGUGGAAACAGUGUUUUGGGGAUCACUUGGAUCCCAUUAUCGAGGCUCUUGAACCUUCGAUUAUGGCGGAGGUGGAACCUGCUGUAGUUUCCAUGUUUUCGGAGGAGAUGGAAGCCUUGUUCCCGCCAAAACAGGGAGAUGCAAAGGAAAGAGACGACGACGACGACGUAGAAGCGCGUCUUCGCGAGUUCAUGGAAGGAGGAGGUUGCAAAGAAUCAUUCAUCACGGCUUUCCAAGAAUGCACAGAGGACAAGACAGGUGAUGAUGAUGAAGAUUUUAGUACCAAGUGUCUCAACGGCAUGAUGAUGCUCAAGAAAUGUAUGGGUGCUCACUCUGAUUACUAUCAGCCCAUUCUUAGGCCGGUUAAUUCCGGUUAUCAACUCUACGAAAGCCUUCUCCUAAGCAAGCUCAACGGUGGUGAUUGA